AUGCCUACCGACGCAGUUCCUCGAGCUGAAGGCCUUGUCAAGUAUUUUUGUCUCCAUGAUGAUGAUGAUGAUGAUGAUGAUGAUGAUGAUGAUGAUGAUGAUGAUGAUGAUGAUGAUGAUGAUGAUGAUGAUGAUGAUGAUGAUGAUGAUGAUGAUGAUGAUGAUGAUGAUGAUGAUGAUGAUGAUGAUGAUGAUGAUGAUGAUGAUGAUGAUGAUGAUGAUGAUGAUGAUGAUGAUGAUGAUGAUGAUGAUGAUGAUGAUGAUGAUGAUGAUGAUGAUGAUGAUGAUGAUGAUGAUGAUGAUGAUGAUGAUGAUGAUGAUGAUGAUGAUGAUGAUGAUGAUGAUGAUGAUGAUGAUGAUGAUGAUGAUGAUGAUGAUGAUGAUGAUGAUGAUGAUGAUGAUGAUGAUGAUGAUGAUGAUGAUGAUGAUGAUGAUGAUGAUGAUGAUGAUGAUGAUGAUGAUGAUGAUGAUGAUGAUGAUGAUGAUGAUGAUGAUGAUGAUGAUGAUGAUGAUGAUGAUGAUGAUGAUGAUGAUGAUGAUGAUGAUGAUGAUGAUGAUGAUGAUGAUGAUGAUGAUGAUGAUGAUGAUGAUGAUGAUGAUGAUGAUGAUGAUGAUGAUGAUGAUGAUGAUGAUGAUGAUGAUGAUGAUGAUGAUGAUGAUGAUGAUGAUGAUGAUGAUGAUGAUGAUGAUGAUGAUGAUGAUGAUGAUGAUGAUGAUGAUGAUGAUGAUGAUGAUGAUGAUGAUGAUGAUGAUGAUGAUGAUGAUGAUGAUGAUGAUGAUGAUGAUGAUGAUGAUGAUGAUGAUGAUGAUGAUGAUGAUGAUGAUGAUGAUGAUGAUGAUGAUGAUGAUGAUGAUGAUGAUGAUGAUGAUGAUGAUGAUGAUGAUGAUGAUGAUGAUGAUGAUGAUGAUGAUGAUGAUGAUGAUGAUGAUGAUGAUGAUGAUGAUGAUGAUGAUGAUGAUGAUGAUGAUGAUGAUGAUGAUGAUGAUGAUGAUGAUGAUGAUGAUGAUGAUGAUGAUGAUGAUGAUGAUGAUGAUGAUGAUGAUGAUGAUGAUGAUGAUGAUGAUGAUGAUGAUGAUGAUGAUGAUGAUGAUGAUGAUGAUGAUGAUGAUGAUGAUGAUGAUGAUGAUGAUGAUGAUGAUGAUGAUGAUGAUGAUGAUGAUGAUGAUGAUGAUGAUGAUGAUGAUGAUGAUGAUGAUGAUGAUGAUGAUGAUGAUGAUGAUGAUGAUGAUGAUGAUGAUGAUGAUGAUGAUGAUGAUGAUGAUGAUGAUGAUGAUGAUGAUGAUGAUGAUGAUGAUGAUGAUGAUGAUGAUGAUGAUGAUGAUGAUGAUGAUGAUGAUGAUGAUGAUGAUGAUGAUGAUGAUGAUGAUGAUGAUGAUGAUGAUGAUGAUGAUGAUGAUGAUGAUGAUGAUGAUGAUGAUGAUGAUGAUGAUGAUGAUGAUGAUGAUGAUGAUGAUGAUGAUGAUGAUGAUGAUGAUGAUGAUGAUGAUGAUGAUGAUGAUGAUGAUGAUGAUGAUGAUGAUGAUGAUGAUGAUGAUGAUGAUGAUGAUGAUGAUGAUGAUGAUGAUGAUGAUGAUGAUGAUGAUGAUGAUGAUGAUGAUGAUGAUGAUGAUGAUGAUGAUGAUGAUGAUGAUGAUGAUGAUGAUGAUGAUGAUGAUGAUGAUGAUGAUGAUGAUGAUGAUGAUGAUGAUGAUGAUGAUGAUGAUGAUGAUGAUGAUGAUGAUGAUGAUGAUGAUGAUGAUGAUGAUGAUGAUGAUGAUGAUGAUGAUGAUGAUGAUGAUGAUGAUGAUGAUGAUGAUGAUGAUGAUGAUGAUGAUGAUGAUGAUGAUGAUGAUGAUGAUGAUGAUGAUGAUGAUGAUGAUGAUGAUGAUGAUGAUGAUGAUGAUGAUGAUGAUGAUGAUGAUGAUGAUGAUGAUGAUGAUGAUGAUGAUGAUGAUGAUGAUGAUGAUGAUGAUGAUGAUGAUGAUGAUGAUGAUGAUGAUGAUGAUGAUGAUGAUGAUGAUGAUGAUGAUGAUGAUGAUGAUGAUGAUGAUGAUGAUGAUGAUGAUGAUGAUGAUGAUGAUGAUGAUGAUGAUGAUGAUGAUGAUGAUGAUGAUGAUGAUGAUGAUGAUGAUGAUGAUGAUGAUGAUGAUGAUGAUGAUGAUGAUGAUGAUGAUGAUGAUGAUGAUGAUGAUGAUGAUGAUGAUGAUGAUGAUGAUGAUGAUGAUGAUGAUGAUGAUGAUGAUGAUGAUGAUGAUGAUGAUGAUGAUGAUGAUGAUGAUGAUGAUGAUGAUGAUGAUGAUGAUGAUGAUGAUGAUGAUGAUGAUGAUGAUGAUGAUGAUGAUGAUGAUGAUGAUGAUGAUGAUGAUGAUGAUGAUGAUGAUGAUGAUGAUGAUGAUGAUGAUGAUGAUGAUGAUGAUGAUGAUGAUGAUGAUGAUGAUGAUGAUGAUGAUGAUGAUGAUGAUGAUGAUGAUGAUGAUGAUGAUGAUGAUGAUGAUGAUGAUGAUGAUGAUGAUGAUGAUG